GAUGCCGCAAUGGCGGGUUCCAUAGAGAUUCCACUUCGUGAUACGGACGAGGUAAUUGAGCUAUACCUCGAUCAAUUACCAGAAGGAGAUGAGGUUCUUGGAAUUUUACGUCAAGAACAUGCGCAACUUAAUAUUUGGGUCAAUUUGGCCCUUGAAUAUUACAAACAACACAAAAUCGAAGAUUUCAUUAAAAUACUUGAAUCUUCUCGGAUUGAUGCUAAUAUUGACUACCGUGACUAUGAAAAAGAUCAAAUGCGCGCUUUGGACAUGUUGGCUGCAUAUUAUGUGCAGGAAGCCAACAGAGAAAAGAAUAAGGACAAAAAGAGAGAUCUCUUUACAAAAGCUACCCUAUUGUAUACAACUGCAGACAAAAUUAUCAUGUAUGACCAGAAUCAUUUACUUGGACGAGCUUAUUUCUGCCUGUUGGAAGGUGAUAAGAUGGAUCAAGCAGAUGCCCAAUUUAAUUUUGUACUAAAUCAGUCUCCAAAUAAUAUUCCUUCCUUAUUGGGUAAAGCAUGUAUAGCAUUUAACAAAAAAGAUUAUAGAGGUGCUCUUGCCUUUUAUAAAAAAGCUUUGAGGACAAAUCCAAAUUGUCCAGCUGCUGUGAGAUUGGGAAUGGGACAUUGUUUUAUGAAAUUAAACAAUCAGGAAAAAGCACGUUUGGCAUUUGAAAGAGCUUUGCAGUUAGAUGGGCAAUGUGUUGGAGCACUAGUUGGACUUUCGGUUUUGAAACUAAAUCAACAACAGCCUGAUAGUAUCAGAACUGGUGUUCAAAUGUUAUCUAAAGCUUAUACGAUUGAUUCGACAAAUCCUAUGGUAUUGAAUCAUUUGGCAAAUCAUUUUUUCUUCAAGAAAGAUUAUAACAAAGUGCAACAUUUGGCGCUGCAUGCAUUUCACAAUACUGAAAAUGAAGCUAUGCGUGCUGAAAGUUGCUAUCAAUUAGCCAGAGCAUUUCAUGUCCAAGGUGACUAUGAUCAAGCAUUUCAAUAUUAUUAUCAGGCAACACAAUUUGCUCCACCAGUUUUUGUAUUACCUCACUUUGGCUUAGGGCAAAUGUACGUUUAUCGCGGUGAUGCAGAAAAUGCAGCACAGUGUUUCGAAAAAGUGUUAAAAGCUCAACCAGGCAAUUACGAAACAAUGAAAAUUCUUGGAUCAUUGUAUGCGAACUCGAGUUCUCAAUCGAAACGUGAUAUUGCUAAAAACCAUCUUCGGAAAGUGACGGAACAAUUUCCCGAUGAUGUCGAAGCAUGGAUUGAACUGGCUCAGAUAUUGGAACAAAGUGACCUUAACGCAGCCUUAAAUGCAUAUGGUACUGCAACUAGGAUUUUAAAAGAAAAAGUCCAAGCGGAUAUACCUCCUGAAAUUCUAAAUAAUGUUGGAGCUUUACAUUAUAGACUUGGAAAUUUGGAAGAAGCUAGAAGGAAUUUUGAGGAAUCUCUGGCGCGUUCUGAAGCAGAUGCCUUACAUGAUUCUGUAUACUAUAAUUCAAUUGCGGUUACGACGACAUACAAUUUAGCUCGCUUGAACGAAGCUUUGUGCAUAUUUGAUAAAGCAGCAAAAUUGUAUAGAGCCAUUUUAGACAAGCAUCCAAAAUAUGUAGAUUGUUAUUUACGACUUGGCUGUAUAGCUCGAGAUAAAGGACAAAUUCUCGAAGCGUCUGAUAGAUUUAAAGAUGGUUUAAGUAUAAAUAAGGAGCACCCAGAUGCAUGGUCUCUUUUGGGUAAUUUACAUUUGGCCACAAUGCAAUGGGGUCCUGGCCAAAAAAAAUUCGAGAGAAUUUUAGAUAAUCCCGCAACAAGUACCGAUGCCUAUUCUCUGAUUGCUUUGGGCAACAUUUGGUUACAAACUUUGCAUCAAGGUGGAAAGGAUAAAGAUCGAGAGAAGCGACAUCAAGAUAGAGCUUUAGCUAUGUAUAAACAGGUUUUACGAAACGAUCCUAAAAAUAUUUGGGCAGCGAAUGGAAUAGGAGCUGUACUAGCGCAUAAAGGUUGUGUAAAUGAAGCUAGAGAUAUUUUUGCUCAAGUUCGAGAAGCAACGGCAGAAUUUUGUGAUGUUUGGCUAAAUAUUGCGCACAUUUAUGUGGAGCAGAAACAAUUUGUUAGCGCUAUCCAAAUGUAUGAAAACUGCCUUCGAAAGUUUUAUAAAUAUCAUCACGUCGAAGUCUUGCAGUAUCUUGGAAGAGCUUACUUUAAAGCUGGUAAAUUAAAGGAAGCAAAAUUGACGUUAUUAAAAGCAAGAAGAGUAGCUCCGCAGGAUACUGUUUUACUGUAUAAUUUCGCACUUAUCCUUCAACGUUUAGCCACACAAAUUUUAAAAGACGAAAAAUCCACCUUGACAACAGUGCUCCAGGCAGUUCAUGAAUUAGGACUCUCGCAUAAAUACUUUCAGUAUCUAUCGACGCAUAAAAAGAGAAUGGGACAACUUGCGCAAGCAGAAGCAAAACGAUGUCAAGAUCUGUUAUCACAAGCACAAUAUCAUGUUGCUAGAGCUAGACGAUUGGACGAGGAAGAGAAAAUGCUUAGAAGGAAACAAGAGGAAGAGAGGCAAGCGUUUAAAAUGCGACAAACAGAAGAACAAAGGAAACUUGAAGAAAUGCGACGACAAAAGGAAGAGGAAAUGUUACAAAAACGACAAGAGUACGUUGAAAAGACAAAGAAUGCCUUGGUAUUCGGCGAAAUGCCUUCAGAGAAGCCAGGAAGGAAAGGCAAGAGAGCACGCACUGAUCAAUACGUUAGUGACAGUGGUGGUUCUGGAAGAGAUGAAGGUCGGGACGAAGCUCCUAGAGAGAAGAAACGGAAAAGGAAAGCAAGUGGUGAACGUAAAGAAAGAAAAGGCAAGGGUAAAGGAAGGCGUAAGAAAGAAAUGGCGAGUGGAGAAAGUGGUUCAGAAAGUGAUCGACCCAAGCCGAAACGUGGAAGAAAAGGCGGUGUCAAGAAGGACAGAACGUUUCGAAAAAGUACAUCUGAAACUACAAAAGGCAAGAUGCCCUUGUCAAAAGAGACUAUAUCGACGAGUGAAUCUGACAGUGAUUCUGGAGGUCUUAAAAUUGCCAGCGGAGGUGAGAGCGGUAACGAAGGCCGUGCUCGCGGAAGCAGGCGAAUCAUGUCUGACUCGGAAGGUUCGCGUGCAUCACGUUCUAGGUCUCGUUCCAGAUCGAAGUCCAGAAGUCGCUCUAGAAGUACUUCGAGGUCGCGUUCACGAUCACAGUCUCGAUCUCAAUCUCGGUCCGUGUCUCGUUCACGAUCCAGGUCUCGUUCAGGUUCAAAAUCGAGGAGUCAGUCGCGAUCGAAAAGUCCGACGAGAUCAAGAUCCGGCUCAGCAAAGAGCGGCUCGCGUUCGAGGUCAAGAUCAGGCUCAAGAAAGAGUCAAUCGCGAUCGAGAUCGCGCAGCGGCUCGAGGAAAAGCGAAGGAUCACAGCCAAGAUCAAGAUCUGGUUCUGCAGCAAGUGCACGAUCAAGAUCAGGAUCCGCAGCUAGCGCACGAUCAAGAUCCGCAUCUGCAGCUAGUGCACGAUCAAGAUCCGCAUCCGCAACUAGUGCACGAUCAAGAUCGGGUUCUGCAGCUAGUGCACGGUCGAAAUCGAGAUCACCUAGUGGUUCGAGAAAAGCAGUUUCGCGAUCAAGGUCGAGAUCCGGAUCAAGAAGUGGUUCGCAAUCAGAGGGACGUAAAUCGAGAAGCAAAAGCCGAUCGAAAUCUAAAUCAGCGUCAAGGUCCAGAUCGCGUUCUGGUUCGAGGUCAAAGAGUGGAUCUCGAAGUCGCAGCCCGAGCGGAUCGGCAAGAUCUGCUACACCGGAGUCUAGGAAAUCUGUAUCUGGCAGUGAUGUUGGUUCCCGCCAUUCGAGCACAGAUAGAGGAGGUGGAAGCGAAAGCGAAUAGGUUUGACACUGAAUUAGAAAUCACGAACGCGCGGAAAAUCCGCAUUAACCGCGGAUUACAUACUUUUUGUAAGAGUGAGAUUUGUACAUGAAAUAUAUGUAAUUUCCGCGAUAUAUUUGUUAACACACGUUUGAAAGGACCGUACCGAGUUGGAAAACCGACCGCUACGUAAAGACGAAACUUAGUAACUGGCAACCGUUCGAAAUCACUCCGAUUAUCGAAUCUCGAGAUGACGUAAGCGAACUUCAGAGGGAGUAACUUCAGACAGUUGUACGUCAGUUGAACUGUCUUAUGUUUUACGUUCGCGGAUUAUUACAAUACUCUUUAGUUUCAGUUUUAACGACUAAACGUCAGAAAUGUGUAUUUAUGUUUUUCAAAUUGUAUUUAAAAGAGAAGUAUUACUUCACGAGGGUAACCGUGACUUUACGUAAAAUUAUCGCGAUUUCACAUUUAAACUAGUUCAAUGUAUAAACAAAGUUUUCGCCUCCGGAUUAGUUGACUGUUGAUACUUUGUAUAAUAAACAAAUAGUUUUAAUUAUUAUUAUACAUUGAAAUUAUUCAAUGGAAAAAAAAAGGAAUGUAACAAGUCAUUUUUCUUUUAAUUACAUUAGUCUAUAUGA